AAUGAAGAGACAGUUUUGUUUUAUACUUUUACUUGAAAUAUUUUUAUUAUUUUUAUUUAUUGGAAAACAUGUAAAUGCAUUUGCUGUUGGGAAAAUAGAUGAAAAUGAAAAUCAAGGACUUUAUAAUGAAAGUGAUCAUGUAGUUAUUCUCAAUAUAACUAAUUUUAAAUCAUAUAUUUACAAUAGUAAAUCCAGCUGGUUUGUUGAAUUUUAUAGUACUUGGUGUGGUCACUGUGUACGUUUUGCACCAAUUUGGAAAACAUUUGCUAGCAAUGUUGUCAAUUGGAGAACUAUUGUUCGAAUAGCAGUUAUAGACUGUGCUAAUGACGAUAACAAUCCUAUUUGUCGUGAAUAUGAAGUUAUGCAUUAUCCAACGGUAAAAUUUUUUUCUAUUAAUACAAAACCAGGAUCAUUAGGAUUGGAAAUAAAGAAAAAAAAUGACGCAAUUGGUUUACAAAAUGAUUUAAUUAAACAAUUAGAAAUAGAGCAACAGGAAGGUCGAGGUUCUUCGUGGCCCAAUAUUGUUCCUUACAGAAAAAACGAACUCGAGACUAUUUGGAAAGCAGUUACAAACGAUGUCAAAUAUUGCUUAUUAAUAUUUGAAACUCCCGAUUCCUAUGUGGGAACAAGUGUGAUUUUAGAUUUUGAAAAUAAUUCCGUAAUGCACAUAAGACGUGUAACAUCUGAAAAUGAAUUACUCUGUGUAACGGCUAAAGUCACUAAAUUUCCAAGUUUAAUUCUUCUUCAACGUGAUGGUUCACAAAAAUCGAUAAAUAUAAAAGACUCGACACGAGAAGGUGUACGUGAUACAAUUAAAAAUUAUAUGGAAACAUUGGGAGUUGAUGUAAAAUUACAAAAACCAAUUGAAGAUGAAUUAAAAUCAACUUUUAUUUCUCAUGUAAUUGAAAAAGUGCCCGAUGCUGAUAAAUCAGAAAAUUCAAUUCAACAAUUUGGCGAUGUUGUAUUUCAAAUUGAUUUAGAAAAAGCAUUACGCUAUUCUUUUGCACAUGAAAUUUCCCUAUCGAAAAUAAUUGAAGGUGAAAAAAUGAAAGCGCUAAAGGAUUAUUUAAAUAUAUUAAAAUUUUAUUUUCCAAUGCGUAACAAUGGAGGAACAUAUUUAUCAUCUAUUUAUAAAACAAUAAAAGACAUGAAUGAAAUUAGUGGUAAAUAUUUUCGUAAUUUAGUUACUGAGACGGAAAAUAAAAUCUCAUCAGUUUAUUCAGGUAAUCUUGAGUGGAUUGGUUGUCGUGGUAGUACAUCAACUUAUAGAGGAUAUCCCUGUGGUUUAUGGACAAUGUUUCAUAUGUUGACUGUUAAUUAUGCCAAUAAUAAUAUUGACGACGUUGAUUAUGAUCCGGCAAAAGUUUUACGUGCAAUGCAUGGUUAUGUGAAACAUUUUUUUGGUUGUGCUGAAUGUUCACAACAUUUUCUUGAAAUGUCAAAUAGAACUAAAAUAUUUGAUGUUAAAAGUGAAGAUGAAAGUAUUCUUUGGCUAUGGAGAGCACAUAAUGAAGUUAAUAAAAGAUUAGCUGGUGAUUCAACUGAAGAUCCUCAACAUAAAAAAAUUCAAUAUCCCGCUAAAAAUGAUUGUCCAUUAUGUAGAGAUGAAAAUAAUAAUUGGAUAGAGCAAGAGAUAUUAUUUUAUUUAAAGAAAAAAUAUCAACAAAAUGACAUAAAUAUCUAUGGUUCUAUAUUAAAUUUAAAUAAUGAAGGUAAUAAUAAUAAAAUAAUAAACAAUAAAUUUAUGGCUAAUAGCGCUGUUAGUAGUCAUCGAAGAUUGGGUUGGGAUUUUAAUAUUUUUGACAUUAGUAUUUGUGUUGUAUUAUACGUUAUAUCGGCUUCAAUUCUUAUUCUUGUUUGUAUAAAAUUUGCAUCGAGAAGAAGUUAUAAAAAGAAAAAUUAUGUAUAUAAUCUUUUUGGUAGAGUAUGAAGAUAAGAAUUUUUAUAACUAUAGUUAAAAUUACAGAAUAUUUUUUUUUUUUUAUUAGAAAAUUUUAAGGACAAUCAUUACUCUCUAAAUUUGAAUUAGUUAAAAAUAAUUAAUUUUAUUAAAAGUCAGUGAUUCAAAUUAUUAUAGUCAUUUUUUUUUUUUUUUUUAUUUGCAAUUAGUGAUUUUUCCACUAAAUGCUGAAUGAAAAGGUCAGCCAAGAUUUUAGUAACAAAUUUAUUAUUUUUUACUAAUUUAAAUUUAAACAAGGAUUUUUUCCUUAUAAAAAUCAAACUUUAAAGAAUUUAGGUCUGAAUUUUUUGUUACUACAAUAUUAUUAUACUUGUGUAAAAUCACAGUUCUUCCCUUUAUAUUGAAAAAUUAAUUUACAGAUUAUUGUAAAUAUAAUUUAAUAUGUAUAUAUUGUAUAAUGCUUUUGUAGUUAUAUCUCAAAUGAUUGUGAAUAUUGAUUAUAUAACAAAAAAGUAUUUUUUAGUUUACCUGAUUAUACAAUUUAUAUAAUAAUAGUAAUAAUUGAAAUUUAUAUUUAAAUAUGUAAUAU